CGUCGACAAAGCACCCAUUUCUCCCUCGUAACUACACAACUUCGGCUAUCUUAUCCUCAAACAUCGCAAGCGGCGAAUCUUCAACCUUGUCCCCCGACAUAUCUCGAGUUCGGGGCCAAACCGACGAAUCGCCACACAUGGAGCAACUCAUCGAGUCUCGCCUCGAUGUCCUCAGCUUAGCCGAUUCCUUAGACAGCAGCGCAGAGAAUUCAGAUGUCUCUACAGCCCCCACAACCGAGUGCUCAUCGCCCUUGGAUCUAAGCUUCACUCUCGCCAAGUAUUCUAUGACUGAGUCCAUGCUACCUAUCAUUCAAGACAAACUCGUCGCAAUUGCCCAGACCGCCGGGAAGAUGAUGGUUGAUGCCGAUCCAUCUGUCGAUACAUCCGACACCAAGAAGAAUAGCAGCGACCGCGUCACAGAAACCGACAAAGCUGUCGAGGAUAUGGUCAAAUCACGUCUCUUGUCAGCCUACCCGCGAUUCGCCUUUCUUGGCGAGGAGACACUCAAGGACGGCCAGAAAUUGGGAGAUGAGCCAACUUUCGUCUGCGAUCCCAUCGACGGUACCCUCAACUUCAUUCAUGGCUUCCCGAAUACCGCCGUGUCACUCGCAUUGACAGUCGAGAAGAAGCCCAUUAUCGGCGUUGUUUAUAAUCCGUUCCGAGGCGAUUUGUUCACCGCGAUCAAAAAUCGUGGUGCCUACCUCACCACCGCUAACGGCUCGACCAAGCGCCUUCCGCUCCGACCCAUCCCGGCACCUCUUGCCUCACUGAACGACUGCCUCGUUGCCAUCGAAUGGGGUUCCCAGCGCCAGGGCUCGAAUUGGGAUCUCCGAACGUCCAUCGCGCAGACGCUGAUGACCUCCAAGUCCUCAGGUGGCGCAAUGGUGCACUCGAUCCGCUCUAACGGCUCUGCAGCCCUCGACUUCUGCUACGUCGCGGCUGGCUGGCUGGAUGUGUUUUGGGAAGGCGGAGUGUGGAUUUGGGACGUCUGCGCGGGCUGGAUUAUUCUGGAGGAAGCGGGCGGCGUAGUCGCGAGCGCAAAUCCAGGUGAUUGGAAUCCAACGUUGGAGGGCCGCCUCUAUUUUGCUGUUCGAGGCGCGAAGCGUGCCGAGCAGGAAGGUGUUGUGAAGGAGCUCUGGGGACUGAUGGGUGACCGGAGGUUUGUAUUCUGAGUGUAUAGUCAGGAUCUCACACCUUGAUGCAGGAUACAAAAGCUUGAGCUGGAGGUUAACUCGUGUUGAAAGCAUGAGACCGCCAGCAGUUUGUCUUCCUUUGUUGGGCUCUGUCAUGAGCAUUGCUAGCACGAUACCCCUGCCUCAUAGCCUGAUAGAAAGGCACAAUAGAAUAAUUUAUUUCGAAAUAAGGCAAUCUCUCUGAAUAUUAAUCGUACAGCGGUGAUCUUUGAUGGCUCUUUCUUGAAUCAGGAGUCCUGCUGACAUAAUCUCAAUAUGACUCGUCUCAGCCCUCGUUCCGCAUAACCUAACGUCCCUCAAUAACCG